AUGCGACCAGCAACACCCAUGAAUUCGAUGGUGUGUGCCUGGGUGCUGUGUGUCGCCUUGUUAUCAACGUUCGUCUUGACAUUUUCUCUCCCCGAUUCGAUUCCAAGUGCCACGAUCGCAGCCGGUCGCGAUGAUAUCACCACCUUAAGAUCGCGGGCCGAGGAUUCUUUACUACUCCGAAUAAUGCCAUUAGGCGCGUCCAUCACCAAUGGGUAUCUGUCAACCGGGCACAAUGGCUAUCGGAGUUGGCUUAGACAGCAGCUUCGCUACAAAGGCUGGGAGGUUGAGAUGGUCGGGAGUUUAAGGAACGGUACGAUGCUUGACAAUUUCAAUGAAGGUCACUUCGGCUUUAGAGUCGAUCAACUAUCAAAGGAAGCUGCGAAAACAACCCCCCAACAGCCUAAUUUGAUCCUGAUCAACGCUGGCACCAACGACGCCUUGGAAAAUUACAAAGUUGGCCUCACAGGAGAUCGAAUGAGCUCUCUGCUAGACUUCCUCUUCCAAGAAGUUCCCAAUACGACUAUCAUUCUCUCGACACUAUUGCCAAACAAGAAGACGCCACAAGUCGUCGAAUGGAUCAGUGAUCAGUAUCGCGUACUUGCUGCCAAGCGUCGCAAAAGUGGCGAUCGAGUCGUUCUGGCUGAGAUGAGCUAUGCUAUUCCCUGGAAUGAAAUGGCAGACGCAACUCACCCGACAGAUGCUGGGUAUAAGAUAAUGGCAUCAGUUUGGUGGGCCGCAAUCGAGGAGGCUUUACAGGAAGAUAUGAUCCAGCGGUUCAACUACACCAUGACAGCUAAGCUGGAAAAGUCGUUAGACAACAGCACCAGCAAUCCUUUUCUACCCUCCUACACGGCUCCUCCUCAGCCUACCAAUACGAAUAACGCAAUCUCUUGUUUUCCCCGGCGAGUUUCGCUUAUAGUGGUGGCUCUUAUGGUCGGUGUGAUGGCUUUCCUGUGA